UGAAUCCCUGCGUUUCAAAUCGCGCGAUGCUACGGCAAUGGCGGCGCUGGGGAUUGCAGCUGGUGGUGCUCAUUGGUUUACGGCUUUGGCGCUCGGGGUGACUCUUCUCAAAUGCCUUCUCAUCCCUACCUACCAUUCCACAGACUUUGAAGUGCACCGAAACUGGCUUGCCAUUACUCACAAUUUGCCAGUAUCACAGUGGUACUAUGAGGCAACCUCAGAGUGGACCUUGGAUUAUCCGCCUUUUUUUGCCUGGUUUGAGUAUGCCUUGUCACAUGUGGCCAAAUAUUUUGAUCCAGAGAUGUUGAAUGUCCACAAUUUGAAUUACUCCAGCUCGAGGACUUUACUUUUCCAGAGAUUUUCUGUCAUCUUUACAGAUGUGCUGUUUGUGUAUGCUGUCCAUGAAUGCUGUAAAUGCAUUGAAGGGAAAAAAGCAGGUAAAGAACUCAUAGAGAAGCCGAAGUUCAUUCUAUCCGUGCUGCUACUGUGGAACUUUGGGUUGCUAAUUGUGGACCAUAUUCAUUUUCAGUACAAUGGUUUUUUAUUUGGAUUGAUGCUACUCUCCAUUGCACGGUUAUUUCAGAAAAGGCACAUGGAAGGAGCAUUUCUCUUUGCUGUUCUCCUACAUUUCAAGCAUAUCUACCUCUAUGUAGCUCCAGCUUAUGGGGUCUAUCUGCUGCGAUCCUACUGUUUCACUGGAGCGAAACCAGAUGGCUCUGUCCGAUGGAGCAGUUUCAGCUUUGUCCGUUUUGUGUCCCUGGGACUGAUUGUUUUCCUGGUGUCUGCUCUUUCACUGGGUCCUUUCCUAGCCUUGAAUCAGCUGCCUCAAGUCUUUUCCCGGCUCUUUCCUUUCAAAAGGGGCCUCUGCCAUGCGUACUGGGCUCCAAACUUCUGGGCUUUGUACAACGCUGUGGACAAAGUGCUAUCUAUCAUCGGUUUACAGUUGAAACUUCUUGAUCCCAGGAAGAUCCCCAAGGCCUCAAUGACAAGUGGUUUGGUUCAAGAGUUCCAACAUACAGUCCUGCCCUCGGUGACUCCCUUGGCAACCCUCAUCUGCACUCUGAUGGCUGUAUUGCCCUCUGUUUUCUGUCUUUGGUUUAAACCCCAAGGGCCCAGAGGUUUUCUCCGAUGUCUCAUUCUCUGUGCCUUGAGCUCCUUCCUGUUUGGGUGGCAUGUCCAUGAAAAAGCAAUACUCCUCGCCAUUCUCCCAAUGAGCCUUUUGUCUGUAGAGAAAGCAGAUGAUGCUUCAAUUUUUCUGGUUCUGACCACAACGGGACAUUAUUCCCUGUUCCCUCUGCUUUUCACAGCACCAGAACUUCCCAUUAAAAUCUUACUCAUGUUACUGUUCACCAUCUACAGUAUUUCCUCACUGAAGACUCUAUUCAGAAAAGAAAAACCUCUUUUUAGUUGGAUGGAAACUGCCUACCUGCUUGGCCUAGGGCCUCUGGAAGUGUGCUGUGAAUUUGUAUUCCCUUUUACGUCCUGGAAGCUGAACUACCCGUUCAUCCCCUUGCUACUGACUUCUGUGUAUUGUGCUGUGGGCAUCACAUAUUCUUGGUUUAAACUGUAUGUUUCAGUAUUGACCAGCACUCCUGUUGGCAAGACAAAGAAAAAAUGAAGAAGGGACCUGCUUGGACAUAUGCCAAGCAAUUAUUUCAAGGGAACUUAAUCAGGACUUGAGGAAAGGUGCCAAUGGCGUGAAUUAUUUAUUUCAGCAGAUUUGUUUGACGGACCAUUCUUCCCAACUUGGACUUGCCCAGCGUAGCAACUCAAUUGUCACCAUGGUGAGAAGCCACUUACCCUCCAUCAGCAAUGAAUCACAUCUGAGAAAAAUCUUGCCUUCCCCUGUU